GAUAAUUUCCACCGAAGCUUAUUGAUAAUUUUUGGUUUAAACUGAGAAGGGACUUUCAAUCCGGUGAUUUUUUUAAUUUUAAAUGUAGCAUAUAAAAGCAUUAUAAAUAUUUGCAGUAUCUGUUGCAAAUCAAACCAUUUGGAAUUGAAUUCGCAUACAGUUCGGUUCGAAUACUCGAAAGAAAAAAUCGUAAAAAUGUCUGUGAAAGUAUUUAUUUUAUUUUGCUUUUUGAGCUCAGUCCUAGCUUAUCCUGCAAAUCAGCAGGAUCAGUGGUACAAACCGCCCCAAAGACAGCCUCAGGUCAAUUUACAAGGAGGUGGUAGUCCUAAGCAAGGUAUUGAUUUGAGUCUAGACACGCGUGUGCCUGUCUGGCAAAGCAGUAAUGGUCGACACGAAUUCGAUGCCACUGGACAUUACUCGCAACGAUAUGGCAAUAGCCCUCCUAAUUUGGGAGCGGGCGGCAUAUACACUUACAGGUUUUAAACCUACUGCAAAAUAAAUAUAUUAUAAUUAAAGUGUUGACAGUUGUAAAUCAUUAAAAUAUCAAUAGUAAAGUAAAUCAGUUUUA